GCAAACCAGUGGGGUAAACGCCGAAAUCCACCCACGGUAAACAAUACGGAAUAAAUCGAAUCGCCAUGGAGACAGCGUGCUUUGUAUCACUGAUAACCGUGAUAAAGGAUAAGUAAUCCGCGUAAAGAAGCUAGAUGUUGCAAACGAAGCCAUAUCCUAAAAUGCUAUGGUGGAAACAUCUAGACUGUGUUCAAGAGAAUCUCAUGAUGAUAGAGAGAGAGGAGCAGAGGAGCAAAGAGUACUCUGAGAAUACGACGGUCUCGUUUGCGAUCCCCAACGCAAGGGACCCAGUACUGCAGGACAAUCUGCUCAUAGCUAACAUAGAACAAGUGAAAACGUUGCAAGCUUCACUUUUCCCAAUAUGCAACAAAGGAACAUUCAUAAGCAGUUUUCUGCAAAAUAACAUCAAGACAAAUCAAUUAGAAAUCAACACUGAUGUGAAGACAUUCAGGACUGUUGCGAAGCUUAAGGAGCCCAGAGAACUAUUCGCUUUACCCAAGGAACUAGACUGUCCACAGCAAGCACCUCGAUGGCCUACGGAAUGUCAAGUAGUAGAGGAGAGGAUAAAUCAUUUGACGUGGUGUCCGGCUGUACCGGAGCCGUAUUACGUCGCGUCCGGUAAAGAACUGAAGCCGCAACCGGUCGGAGAGGAGGCUGGAUCCGUCACCUUUCAGUACUACCCGAUGAGCGCGGUAAAUUACUUCAGUCGCUCGACAGUCGGUGGUUCCCGCCUAUAUUUAUCAGCCUGUGCCAGCGCAGGGGGAGACGACGAACUGAGAUUCGAGUCGAGGUUCGAAAGCGGAAACCUGGCUAAAGCUGUGCGCAUCACGUCCGCAUACUACGAGCUUCAUCUGCGAACUGAUCUUUACACCAACCGACACAUGCAAUGGUUUUAUUUCCGCGUCACUAACACAAAGAAACAAAUGAUGUACAGGUUUUCCAUAGUGAAUUUGUCGAAGGCGGAAAGCUUAUACAAUGAGGGCAUGCGACCUCUAUUAUACUCGACCAAGGACGCUCAACUGCAUUCGAUCGGCUGGCGACGCUGUGGGGACAACAUCGCCUAUUAUAAGAAUGAUCCCACAUGUGAAGAGGAGGAACAGUUCCCCAGCUACACUCUAACCUUCAACAUAGAAUUUCCCCACUCAGACGAUGCUGUCUACAUUGCACAUUGUUAUCCAUACACCUACUCAGACUUGCAGGAGUACUUGUCUAAGCUGCAAGCUCACCCUGUCAAGUCCACAUUUUCAAAACUGAGGCUUUUGUGUCGGACAUUAGCCGGAAACAAUGUGUACUAUUUAACUGUGACUGCACCUCCGAAUCCAAAUGAGGCUGAGCAGAAGAAAAAGAAAGCAGUAGUAAUAACAGCCAGAGUGCAUCCAGGUGAAACGCCGUCAUCAUGGAUGAUGAAAGGCUUUAUGGACUAUUUAACUGGAGAUACGAAUCAAGCGCGUGAGCUGCGAGAGAAAUUCAUUUUCAAAUUAGUGCCCAUGUUGAAUCCGGAUGGCGUUAUUGUCGGAAAUAAUAGAUGUUCAUUGACCGGAAAGGACCUGAAUAGACAAUAUCGAACAGUAAUAAGAGAGACCUACCCCUCUGUGUGGCAUACUAAAGUAAUGAUUCGCAGAUUACAAGAAGAAUGUGGAGUAGCGAUGUAUGUGGACUUGCACGCUCACUCUCGGAAACAUAACGUCUUCAUCUACGGCUGUGAAAGCAGAAGAUUUUCUGAUAAACGACUACAGGAGCAAGUAUUUCCCCUGAUGCUGCACAAGAAUGCUGCAGACAAGUUCUCGUUUGAAAACUGCAAAUUCCGAAUACAACGCAGCAAAGAGGGCACCGGCAGGGUCGUAGUUUGGAUGUUGGGAGUAGCCAACAGCUAUACGAUGGAAGCUUCGUUUGGUGGGUCUGAAUUAGGCAGCCGGGUAUCCACGCACUUUACCGUACAAGACUUUGAGAGUCUCGGAAGAACAUUUUGUGAAACUCUACUAGACUUCUACGAUGAGGAUCCGAGUAAGGAAAGACUGAGAAACAAAAUUGUCACGAGGUUGCUGAAGGAGGGAUCUAAUGCUGAUGAGCCUACUAAUAUUGAACUUUCGGAUUACUCUAGUGAUGAAGGAGAUACGUCCAGCAGCAGCUCAGAGGCAGCGGCACCGAGAGACAGAGCUGAUGCGAAGCACCCCGCACCGCCACCGUCUCCAAUCUUCCCAGAUAUCAACAGGAGCCCCAUUGAGAAGCCGAGGAAGCUGCGACCAAAGUUAGAAAGAAUAAGCCGAAUUGAAAAGAAAACGAAACGAGAAACGUUGCAGGUAUCGACUGCAACGAUUGAUCUGACCUCCGAUGCAAUGACCGAUCCAUCUUCCGAAGGAGAAUCUUGUGAAGAAAAUCUUAGCCCCAUAAGAAGAGUUCACAAACUCCUCCAUUCUUCAUCAAAACAAAAGCCACGGCGGAAGAAGAAAAUGCCACCAGAACUUAAGAUUAUUCCUGCUCCAACUAGCGAUUCCCCUUACCAUUCAGAUCGGGAGAAAAAGGGUCAGAAAAUUUGCAGACCUCGUAGCGUAUCGAUGUUUAAUGAAACAAUCGAGAAACCUAAACUAAACCCUGCGUCGUGGCAUCAGUUUCGGAGGCUGCCUCCUCCCAAAUGUCUCAUGGAUGUGAAGAAUAGAAGCAAUCAGCCGUCUGAAUUACAAGUUAAACUGAACUCCCUGAAGAAGAAUGUGUGGACCGGGGUGCAAGGGGACGAGAAGGGGCCCUUGUCGUGGGGCAUCUCCAGCUUUGCCAUGAACUCGUACUUUACCGACAGUGAGGCAUUGCUCAGAUCCUGUUCCAAGAAACUAGAAGAAUUAGAGGGUGAGCAGAAGAAAUGUAAACAGGAAAAGAAGAAAAAGAAAUCAAAAGUGAAAAGCAAAAUAACUCUGAAAGUGCCAAACUCACUGGAUGACCUAGAACCUAUAAACAAAUUACCAAAGCCCUGGAAAAAGAAGGGGAAAUUAAAACAUACAAAGUCGGAGAGUGCUACUUACAUCACUAACACAAGUUUCUCAGAUGUACCAAAAAAUUCUCAACCCAUCACUCAGAAAGUCAGCCAGAAAGAUAGCAAGCAGGCAAAACUGCGAUUCAGAAAAUCUGCCUUUGUCACAACCGCAGUUCAAAGCAAGAAGACAAAUAAAACUAAUAACACUGCAGCAUCUGAUGACUCAGAAAGUGAUGAUUCUGUUGAAACUACAAAGAAAGUGAAGAAAAAGAAUACAACAACAAAAAGCAAAUCAAAGAAAAGUAAUGUGGAAACUAAAAACAAAAACUUGUAA